AAAAAACCAACACACCAUGAAAUUUGUUUCAGCCAUUUUGUUCGUCCUCUGCCUCAGCAUGGUGGCUCAGCGCCUCGACGCUGCCAGUCCGGCAGAGGACGGACUCAGCAUGAUCGAUCAUAUGUGUGCCCAGACUAACUACAAAGACCUUUGCGUCAUCUCCUUGACUUCUGACCCCAAUAGCUUCCCCGCCGAUAAGAUGGGCCUAGCCUUGGUUGCCCUCCGUUUCGCCUCCUCCAAUGCCUCCGACAUAUCAGAGAGCAUCAAGGUGAUGUUAAAUGACACGAGCCUGAACAAGCCAUCGGUACAACAAGGCCUCUUUGAUUGCCUUGACGAGUAUCUAGACGCGUCGCAACAGCUUGACGACGCUAUUGCUGCGAUUCUCGUGAAGGCCUAUGGCGACGUGGAGAAAUGGGUCGAUGCAGCAAUCGCCAGUGUGCGCACGUGCGAGAACGAGUUUGCAACAAAGCCCUCGCUGUUGGCGCCGAAGAAUGACGUGUUUAUUAAGCUAUGUGAAAUUGCAUUGUCCAUCUCCAAGGUUGCGGACACGGCGGAAGGAAAUUAAUUAUCUUGAUAAUUUCUUUUUUCUUUUAAUUAAUUUUUUCAUUUUCUAUGGAGGAGGAUUGGAGCAAAAUGGCUGGUUUAGCAAUUUUCUAUAUGGUGAAGCUUUUUAUUAUGUGCUUUUUUUUUUCUUUUUUCUUUUUUGGGUUUUUGUUUUUGUUUGAGAUGCAAUUCCUCUUUUAUGAGAUGAGGAGUUGCUAAUUGAUGUAUUAUUUGUUUGAAUGGGAGGGAGAUGUUGUAGUUGGAUGAAACCCAAAACCUUUUU